GCUGUACCAGGCCCCAAUGACCGUCGACCAUCUCCUUGCCCAUACAGAAGGGGAGGAGAAACGCAUCUUGGAUUGUGGAUGUGGAAGCGGAGAAUGGUUAGUGCAUAAUGAUGGCUGGAAAAUUAUUCUGACCAUUGCAAUUAAGGAUGAUCGAAAUGGCGAGGAAAUUCCCUCAUGCAGAGGUUGUAGGCAUUGAUCUCGCGCCGGGGCUCAUCUGGGAAUUGAUGCCCCCUAAUUGCCGAGUUGAAUUUGAUGAUGUCAAUCAGCCAUUGACACAUUUCGAUGGAAGCUUCGACGUGGUCCACGCUAGAUCAUGUUCUCUGGGUAUCAACGAUUAUGAACAAUUCUUGGACAGGAUGGUACAAUGGUUGAAACCAGGUGGUAUAUUAUUGUUGGUCGAGAGCCCCCUCCGGUUGGCAAACCUGGCAAUCAACGGGGAAGAUCCCGAGGGCCAGUUCAUGGAGUUGUUUGAGUGGGUGGAAGACGUCAUCGAAGGCAACGGAUCAGAUGUCAGAGCCAUCGAUGACUUGCAAAGGUUUGUGGAAGAGCAUCCACUCUUGGAAAAUAAGGAGUCCUUCAUCAUGACCAUCCCGGUUGGCCAAUGGGGAGGUGAGGACGUUGGGCUCCUUAUGCAAGAGAAUUUCACAAAAUUGGUGCAUGCUCUGAGACCUGUCCUCCUCAGAGCAGGGAGUCCUCCGCCAAUGGUGGACCAGUGGGUGACAUCGGUUGAAGAAGCGCUCCGUUCCCCUCCAGCACGGUUCGUCUCGCGAUGGGCAUAUUGUUGCGCAACACGUGUGAUGGGCCCCAACAUGGCAGAGGAAGACGAAGCACCUGGAGGGUAAGAGGAGAGGGGAAGGAAGAGACUAUCAUCAGACGCGACGAAUAUCUCAACUCUCACCCGCAGUGGCUCCUACGUCCGGCGCACUGCCCAGAUGUUAACAGAAGGGCAUAGUUUCGACCACGUCGUUAGGUCCGAACUCCAAGGCAACAAUGGUCCGGAGCCAUCGGGCGAAGAUCAAAAUAUACCCAGGGGCGCUCGAAGAGUGCCGCGAUCAGAUUACCGAAAUGUAAUUUCUCCAAAAAGAUUUGAAUCCCAGUAGCAAUA